UCCCUUCUAUUUAUACUCUUCUCUUGACUCCAAAUUUUCUCUCACCCCAUCUCCGUACUCAUCUCCAUUUUCUCAUAGGAACAGCUAGAAGUUUCCUGUUUUACAUCUUUUUGGAAACUAGAUGGAUCAAGAUCACCAACAUGGUGAUAAGUUCAACCCCACUGUUUUCAGUACUGAUCAGAGCAAGACUCAUGAUCAAAAAUUGGAAAGAAAGAAUAGGAAAGUGAAUGGAUUUGAGUUGAUGAUGAGGGUUUUGGGUGUGGUGUUGACACUAGUAGCUGCAAUUAUACUGGGAGUUAAUAAACAGACCAAGCUGGUUUCUCUUGAGCUCUUGCCAAAUCUUCCACCAGUUUAUGUUCCUGCCACUGCCAAGGCUCAUUACUUGUCUGCUUUUGUGUAUUGCACGGUGAUAAACGCAAUGGCAUGCGCAUACGGCGUCGUUUCUAUGGUGUUGCUGACGAGAAAGAAAGUAAGAAAGAGCGGAGUGAUGAUGAUGAUGAUAACAGUGAUCGAUUUAGUGAUGGUAGCUCUACUUUUCUCCAGCAAUGGAGCGGCAGCAGCAAUCGGAUUGAUGGGAUACGAAGGCAACUCUCGUCUUCGAUGGAACAAAGUCUGCAAUGUCUUCGGCAAGUUCUGUGUUCAAGUCGCAGUCGCCAUUGUUCUUUCUCUCCUUGCUUGUGUUGUUUUUCUUUGCCUUGUUCUUUUUGCUCUUUUCACUAUCUACAAAAUUUCUAAAUAGCUUACUUCCAAUCAUAUCUAUUCUCUUUAUAUGAUAUCUAUAUAUCAUCCACAUGUUUUUACGAAUUUUAUUUGGUCUCUUUAAGCAUGUAAAAAAUAAUUAAUUACCCACAUUUUCUCGAAAUAAAUUGAUU